UCAGCAAUGAAUGAAGGCGCGAGCCUCUCCGCAGAGCCGCGCGGCUGAAGCGCCCCUAGCGUUUUCUCCGCACUGCUAGAGACCGGCUGCUUUUUGCGAUUCCGCGUCCUUCGCGGGCAGCUCAGCGCCAGCCGCGGUCCCCUUCGUGUCGGCUCAGGAAGGAGGGGAACGGGGAGGAGCAGCCGCCGCCGGAUGCAGGGAGGGAAGAGCUCCGGCUCUCCUGCGCAGCGCGGCCGGCUACUCACCUGAGCGCGCAGUGGCGGCAGCGGGAGGAGGAGCCGCCGCCGCCGCCGUGAUCCCGGCCCAGGGGGCGGCGGCGAGGGCAGCCGACCCAGAAGCCAUGGCAGGGACUCCGGGAGUCUAAGAGGGGUCGCCUUCGCCUCGCUAAAGAGCUCCAGCGGAGAAGCCGACCCGCAGAGGCCUGCCAGCCCGGAGCGUGAAAGGCGGGCGGAGAGCGUGGCCAGGCCAGUAGGCGGUCGUGGGGCCGGCCCUCUCCAGUCUUGGCCCGGGCCGGCUUUGCAGGGCGGCGCAACCGCACGCGCAAGAUGUCCACCCGCACGCCGCUGCCCACCGUCAACGAGCGGGAUACGGAGAACCACACUUCUGCUGAUGGAUAUUCUGAAUCUCAUAUCCAACCCACAAAAUCAAGUAGUCGACAGAAUAUACCACGUUGCAGAAACUCAAUUACCUCUGUAAAUGAAGAGCAUCCUCACAUUGGGAACUAUCGCUUAUUAAAAACAAUAGGAAAAGGAAAUUUUGCUAAAGUGAAGCUGGCUAGACAUGUUCUUACAGGUAGAGAGGUUGCUGUCAAAAUUAUAGACAAAACCCAAUUAAAUCCUACCAGUUUACAAAAGCUGUUUCGAGAAGUACGAAUAAUGAAAAUACUGAAUCAUCCGAAUAUAGUUAAACUAUUUGAAGUUAUUGAAACAGAGAAAACAUUAUAUUUAAUAAUGGAAUAUGCUAGUGGAGGAGAAGUAUUUGACUACUUGGUUGCACAUGGAAGAAUGAAAGAGAAAGAGGCCCGUGCAAAAUUUAGGCAGAUUGUGUCUGCUGUGCAGUACUGUCAUCAAAAGUGCAUUGUUCAUCGUGAUCUCAAGGCAGAAAACCUUCUUCUUGAUGGAGACAUGAACAUUAAAAUUGCAGAUUUUGGUUUUAGCAAUGAAUUUACUAUAGGCAACAAACUGGACACUUUUUGUGGAAGUCCUCCAUAUGCUGCCCCAGAACUCUUUCAGGGAAAGAAAUAUGAUGGUCCAGAAGUAGAUGUUUGGAGUCUUGGAGUCAUUCUUUACACUCUUGUCAGUGGAUCAUUGCCUUUUGAUGGUCAGAACUUAAAGGAAUUGCGAGAACGAGUAUUGCGUGGAAAGUAUCGCAUACCAUUCUAUAUGUCCACAGACUGUGAAAAUCUACUGAAAAAACUACUUGUGUUGAAUCCAAUUAAGAGAGGAAGCUUAGAACAAAUUAUGAAGGACCGGUGGAUGAAUGUUGGUCAUGAAGAAGAAGAAUUAAAGCCAUACACUGAACCUGAACCAGAUUUUAAUGACACUAAACGAAUAGAUUUAAUGGUCACUAUGGGUUUUGCAAGAGAUGAAAUUCAUGACUCCUUAAUAAACCAAAAAUAUGAUGAAGUAAUGGCUACAUAUUUGCUUCUAGGGAGAAAACCACCUGAGUGUGAUGGGAGCGAGUCUCUAUCCAGUACUACCCUGAGUCAAAGAUCUCGACCUGGAAGUGACCUCAACAACAGCUCUAUGCAAUCUCCUGCUCAUCUGAAGGUCCAACGGAGUAUAUCAGCCAAUCAGAAACAGCGUCGGUUCAGUGAACAUGGUGGGGAUGGCAUUCAACCAAUUGGCCCAUCCAUCCCUCCUGCUGUCUCAUAUUCAAAAAGACCUCAAGCAAACAGUGUGGAGAGUGAAUAUAAAGAAGAAUGGGAUAAAGAAAUGUCACGGAAAUUGAGCAGCACAACAGUUGGAUCCAAAAGUGAGGUGACAGCAAGUCCAUUGGUAGGUCCCGAAAGGAAAAAAUCAACAGUUGUUCCAAGUAACAAUAUGUUUUCUGGAACUAGCAUGACACGGAGGAACACUUAUGUCUGUGAACGUUCUACAGAUCGCUAUUCUGCCAUUCAGAAUGGGAAAGACAACAGCCUAACAGAAAUGUCUGCAAGUAGCACUCCUGCUGGCUCUGCGGUCCCUUCUGCCAUAUCUGCACGACCUCGACAUCAGAAGUCAAUGUCAGCCUCGGGUCAUCCUAUAAAAGUUGCACUUCCAACUAUCAAAGAUGGCACUGAAGCUUACCGACCAAGUAGCGCAACUCAGAGAGCACCUGCUGCUUCCCCGUCUGCUCACAGUAUUAGCACUACCACUCCAGAUAGAACCCGAUUUCCUCGGGGGAGUUCAAGCCGAAGCACUUUCCAUGGCGAGCAGCUACGGGAGAGGCGCAAUGCCACUUACAAUGGGCCCCCUGCUUCACCAUCGCACGAAACAGGGACAUUUGCUCAAACUAGAAGAGGAACAUCCACUGGCAUUAUAAGCAAGAUAACUUCCAAAUUUGUCCGCAGGGAUCCAAGUGAAGGCGAAACCAGUGGCAGAACUGACACCUCAAGGAGUACUUCUGGAGAACCAAAAGAAAGAGAAAAAGAAGAUGGGAAAGAUUCCAAGCCACGGUCUUUGAGGUUCACCUGGAGUAUGAAAACAACAAGUUCCAUGGACCCAAAUGAUAUGAUGAGAGAAAUUCGAAAAGUAUUAGAUGCUAACAACUGUGACUACGAGCAAAAAGAAAGAUUUCUGCUCUUCUGUGUUCAUGGGGAUGCGCGACAGGAUAGCCUUGUUCAGUGGGAGAUGGAAGUAUGCAAAUUGCCACGCCUUUCACUCAACGGAGUUCGCUUCAAGCGAAUAUCGGGAACUUCUAUUGCCUUUAAAAACAUUGCAUCCAAAAUAGCAAAUGAGCUUAAGCUGUAGAGAGAAAUAACAUUUCUGGGAUCAGGGAAGAUUCAAGCUUAUGUUUUGAAUGUACUGGUUAUGCCUAAUACGAUUGGCCUGUGAAACUCCCCAUGUAGAGAUUGUCCCUAUUGCAAUAAGGUUAUACAUAAUUAUUCUGAAUUGUAAAAUUUAAUACUGUAUGACCUACAUUAAAAAAACAGGUAAGUACAUAGAGCAUUCUUUUCAUUUUAUGUUCACAAAGUUGUAUAGUAAGGCUUAAAUACAGACCUUGUAUAGUUGUUUAGAUAUCAGCACAGAAGUAUGUUUACUUUGAAUUGAAAAUUUCUUCCUAGUCUUUUUUCCCCCAUUUUUGGUGGUUUUUAUAAAUCUUACCUCUACCAUGCAUUUUUUUCUUUAAAAAACUGUCCAUAGUUUUUAAAAAAUGCACAAAAAUGGUUUCCAGAAGUGUAGCUUAAUAAAUUUUACUUUGUAACAAACCACAUAUAAAUUCUUUAAAAGAAAGUUGGCGUAGUCUACACAGGAUUCCUCAUGUUUCCCCUUUUCACUCUUAUCCUCCUUUAAGAAACAGUGUUUAGUUCAGAAAAAAAUGCAAACAUGUUUACAGUGUUGGCACUUAACAGUGAAGAAAACGGAGUUCUGAAACACACUGGGGAAUAAAGUAAAAUAUUGGAUUACUUUUAUUUGCAAUCUUAAACAUCCUUAGAUUCUUGGGUCCAAUGAUUCACUAAAGUAAAAAUAUGCAUCAUAUAUCUAUAUUGUAGUAUGAAAUACUGUUUGCUACCUUCAGAAGACUACAAAUUCCCAAUGUGUGAAAAUAUUACCUUCAUACUGAGAUUUUCAUAGCACAAGAAUUGUGAAAUUAUAAUCAAUGUUAAAUGCCACCUCAGGAAUUAACUGGUUUUUAGAAUAAUUCCCCCCAAAAAAUACAUGGAUUUUCAUAUACUUUUAAGCCUACAUUGUUUAUUGCAUUGUUUGAUGUGAUUGUAUAAAUUCUGUUCCCGUGUAUCUUUGAGUUUUGAAUAUUUUGCCCACUUUCUUGUAUUUAUUAUAAAUCAUUAUACCUGUGAGGUGCAGCUGUGUGCAGGCAGUUGCCUAGAUAAGAAAAUCCCUUCAUAAUUAGUGAUUCAAAUUGCAAAACCAUUAGGACAUGGUACAUUUUUAAUAUUGAUUAUCUUGUACGGAAUUAAUCAUAGCAGUUGGUUGUGCAAUGUUAUUUAAUGUUGUAAUUUCUGUAACUUCAACAUAUGGCCCCAUCUGCACACUCCUAUAAAGAUUAGAGAAAUCACCCCAAAUUAUCACUUUAUUUAAAAGCAAAAAGCAAAAAAAAUGUGGUAAACUCUGUAACCUGAAUUUAGAAGGCUGUAAGUGUAGCUAAAUGUGCCAUUUGAGAAUGGCUUCUGACAGAUGGACUUGAGAUACUGUACUGUACUGUGAUGUAGCUCUUCUGUAACAGUUCUGCUCAGCAAUGAACAUGUACUGCCUUAGGAAACAGAUGAUGUUUUGGCAAGAAAGAACUGUGUUCCUUUUUAUCUGGUGUUCCUUUAAACUUUUUUUAAUGAAAGUCAUCCUAAUUCACAUUCACUGGUGCACUCUAUUAAAAACUUACUUGAACAGAU